AAGUUGCUUCCGACGUACACCAAUAUUUAUCUGACAAAGCCCGCGAAGUGUUUUUUUUUUGCUCAGGGAGACGCUAUAUAAGAAGCGAAUUUGUUUCGGAAGAUUUUUCAGUCGAGGCACUGGUUGUAUACGGUAUUCUGCUGAUUAAAUAAGCAGUCUUACUCGGUAAAAAUCCAACCACGUUUCUUAUCAGUUUCUUUAUUUCUAAAGAAACUCAUCUCCGUCUAAUUGUGUAUACCAGGAAAAGUAAAUGGCUACAUGACGAUCACAAUUACACUUGUCCAUUGAUUUUGGAAGGAUUGAAGAACUAUAUCACUGCGAUUAUUCACAGCGAGUAGGUUUUUUUUUAACAAUCUACCUUUUCUUUUUUGAACUGUGUUUAUUUUUUGUUAUUUAUUAAAUUGGGAGAAAAUGGUUUGAGGCCUGAACCUCUCCAAACAGCAUAGCAACGACACAAGGAACAUAUUUCGCUUGACCUAAGGUGAUUUUCUUGGCGACUACCGGCUCUACAGAUUGCGCUGAUAUCAAUUGCAGGGACCACAAACAUGGAAAGACAUUCAGCAAUUCUUUGGGUGAUCCUUAACCUGAUGUUAGUUCACUUUUCUCAUUGUAAAACGAAAACCAGUGCGAACGAUCUCGACCAUCAUAACGAUGGCACCGCCAUCGGGCUCGACCUGGAGCCUCCUCUUCAGUCGAUGUCGUCGCCGUCGUCGUUACAAGGUAAUCAAUUUAAUGAAGAAAGCGAAAUAAUACAAGGAGCCAAAGACAAACUGCUUCGCUCCAUUCUUAGGAGCACUGUUGUCGAGGUCAGUCGAUAUCUUCGUGUUAUCGAUGCUGCAUCAAACCACGAUUUAUCGUCUGCGGAUGAAACGACCGUGGAUGCGUACGCACCUUCAAAAGCUGCGGUGCUGGGAAGCGGAUUAUACACCGACCAAGAUGGUGCCGAUGUCGGGUCUCUUCUUAAGCGGAGUCAACCUGCCCCGUUGAGGAAACGACAACUGAACGCGCUUGAGAGAGCUGUGAUUCGUCAAGAGAUCCUGCGUCGACUGGAAGAGAGCAAGAACCCCAUGGAAAUGCCGAUCGGACUUCGUUUCCGGAGAGUGGACGGGACCGGUGGCCUUUCCAGUCACUAUCCCUUCGUUCCUUUUGUGGACUCCUUCUUCCCGACAUCGCAUCGCCUCGGCUACGGGCCUUCUGCCCUGGCAACAAGACAUUCAUCGUGGAAUACUUUCCUAAAUACGCUACCUUACUGACCUUACCGGACUUAUUAAGCCCCAAAGAACUUAUAUGCAAGUCAUAUCAUAAGAUACCCGAUGAAUAAACAGUGUUCUGUUGGCCUGGAGUGUAGUCGUGGUAGAAUCAGAAUGAAAUGGUAUAUAAGUCCUCACAUGCUGGUCAUUGGUGGCAUAAAUCUGGAAAAUCAUCUCUUUUAUGUCUUGAAUAGCCAAAGUGAAGUCGAUAUAUUUAUUAUUUAUUUUUUAAUUUCAUUAAGGAGAAGAUGCCUUGGUAAGUCCAGUAAAGAAGUAUGACUCAUUUUUUUCGCUCUUAUAUGGAAAAUUUGGUG